AUGCAUCAUAUCAGUCUGCGAAUGUUGUUGAUUACAAAUUAUGAAAUGACUCUACGUUUUGUCAAUAUACAUAACUCAGUGCCUUUGGAAGUUUCCUUCCUGCAUCUAAUAGCGAAUACUGAAACUGAUAUUCCUAAAUAUUUAGCACCAUCAUUGCUUGGACUUUUAUCUAGACCUCAAAUGUUACAGACUUCAUGGAAUAAUUAUAUUAAUCAUAAUCUCUGUAAAUCCAACUUAUUUUCAGAAACCAAUGAAACUAAUCCAUGUAAGAAUUGUUUAAUGCAUGUAUCUUCUAAACUAUUUCCAAUUAAAGCAUAG